UAUACCCCUCAUAUCGCUGUGAGCUUUUCCCAUUUUAUUCAAACGUGACAAGAACAUCUUCAAGUUUCGCAGAAAUAGCCACAUCGUGGCUGUGCGAUCUCUUCACGAGGUCUCAUUCAUCCGAUGCCCUGCAGUUCUAGUUCGCGAACAGCUUAAACACAACGUGGCGCAUGCCACGAAGUUAUUCAUACCUAUGUACCUGCUCAUCUAACCCUCACUUCCCCCAAACCAAACACACAAACGCCAAGAAUAGCCAACAACAGACAGCUCACCACCCCCCACCCACAAUGUCCGCGCCAGCGCCUACCCGGAUAGCCAAAGUGCUCUCAACCGAGCUGCUCGUAACGUUGUCCCCAGCUAUGUAACCUACCUACCGUAAGUAGAAUCGCUAAAGGGCAUCAUUUCACCAGGAAAACAAAGAUGCGAAAUGGAUCAACCUCGUAAAGUUAGUACCUAGCGUCUACUUGCCAGCGCAUCGCAUCGCAUCCCAUUUCCCAUGAUAUGAUUAGCAACUCACUCACGCGCAAACCCCACAACCACAGAAUCACCUACGAAGACGAACUCGGCCGCCCCCGCACCUGGGAAGCGAUGCAGCGGCCGACGCGCCCGCGCACCAGCACCGUCGACGCCGUGCAGAUGAUCGCCGUGCAGCAGCAGCAGACCCCCAACUCGCAGCAGCUACUCCUCCUUCUCGAGAAGCAGUUCCGCGCGCCCGCGGGGAAAAUCGUGGUGGAGUUCCCGGCGGGCCUGGUGGACGAGGGCGAGAGCCCCGAGGAGGCGGCGCUGCGGGAGCUGAGGGAGGAGACGGGGUAUGUGGGGGAGGUUGUGCCGGACCAUGGAGGAGGAGGGGGGAGGCCGAGGCUUUGGAGUGCCCCGGCAUCGUCGAGUUCGAGCACCUACCUCAUCCACAUCAAAAUCGACCCAUCACGGGAAGAGAACCGGUGCCCGAAGCCGCAGCUCGAGGAAGGCGAGUUCAUCGAGUGUUUCUGGGUGCCGCUGCAGGACCUCUACAGCGAGUGCAGGAAGCUGGAGGCUCAGGGGUUUGCCAUCGAUGGUAAGGUUGGCGUGUUGGCGGAGGGUCUGGAGAUGGCUAAGAUUUGGCCAGUGUGAUGGAUGGUGGGUUGCUUAGGGGGAGGGGAUGUCGUUUGUAUUGAUGUGAGCGUGAAGGUCUACGGGAUAAAAC